ACCCCGCUUCCAGAACAGUCUGAGCUUCACCUGGACACCUGCUCAUCUUCCUCUCCUCCUCUGAGGUUUGCGAGUCCCCAUGAAGGCAACAUUAGGGACGCUGGACGUAGCUUCAAUCCCUGGGAUUAUAGGAUGAAAACUGCCGUCACCGGGAGAUAAGAUGAGCCCACUGCAACGGUCAGUCUGUUCCCAUCUGGGUGUCUCUGGUGCAAUUGUAUUUCUCCUCAUUUGUACUCACGGUUUGAGCAACAACAAGUUUCUUGCACACUUCCCUGGAACAUCUGUGACUGACAAGUUUUUGGAAGGCAAAGAUGUCUCUGCCAUUGUCAGUGCUGAUAUGUCUGUCAGUCUCCCAGCUUUGUGUGGGAGAUCAGCCUGUUGAGGAAGUCAUUACAACUAGAAGAAGAGCGCCUCUUCUGGGUGACUGGUCUCCGAAAAGUCCUGAGUCAGAAGAUGUUCAGACUGCCACUCGACAUGCUGUGAAAGAGUUCAACACACACUCCAAGGCCAAGAAGAUGUACAAACUGGUCUCAGUUAACAGUGCUAAAGCUCAGGUGACCAAUGUGGUUACCUUUAGGAUACACACGAUCCUUGGAAAAACCAAAUGUCUUAAAUCAGAAAACCAUGACUUAGAGAGCUGCAUUUUGGACAAAAAGCAACUGAAUUGCCACUUUGAGGUGACUCUCAACCCCCGCAUAAGCAACUUUGAGUUGCAGGCUAAAAACUGCAGCAAAGUUGUGAAGAAGGUUUAAUUCUUCUUUACACACUGAACAUUUUUAUAUAGUUUCUCAUUUGUGACUGGUUUUAUUGAACAUUUAAUACACACCAAUAACAUUAUGGACCUAAUUAAAAGGAAAAGGUAAAACUAAAAAUGGAUUAAAUACAAUUUGGCUUAGGAUUUAUCUCUUCUUUGUGACUUUUGCUUGUAUAUUGAAGCUAGUAGUGAACUAACUUUAAAAAAUAAUUGCAUGAUAAAAAAUCAUUUUUGUUCAUCACUAGUUUGAAAUACUGCAUUUCUUUUCGUGUAUAAUUGUUUUGUAAUACUUUUUAAAAGCCUUUUCAAUGACAUCCUGACAUCAAAUGAUGCAUUUUUCAUUCUGAUUGCUUGUGCUUUCUCUUACUAUGUGCACAUGUUUUCUUUUAGUUAAAUAAAACAAUACUAAUAUUAAAAAUAAAA